CCAAACGUAUAUGCAGACAACUUUUCACGCGGAAGGGCAGUUCAAGAUCAAAGGCGCCGCUUGUUUCACCUCGCGUACCUUGCCGUGACAAUUGUGAUAAAUAUUUUCAUUGCAAAACAGUAAGGAUGGUGUGGCCGACGAUUUACGAUGGAAAAACUGAGGCGGGGUCUCCAAACAAGCUCGGUCAGCAGCUGGCGGCUGCCGACGUCGGCUCACACCUGCAGCACAUCUGUGCUCUGGAUAUCGACUCUAAGGCCUCCUAUGUGCGCCUGUCCGGAAUCAUCUGUACUAUUGGGCCGGCCUCCCGUGAUGUCUCCAUGCUGGAAAAGAUGAUGGAGACUGGCAUGAACGUGGCCCGCAUGAACUUCUCUCACGGCUCCCACGAGUACCACGCGGAAACCAUCGCCAACUGCAGACAAGCCGAGAAGAACUACAGCGAGAAAAUCGGCUUCCCAUUCUCGCUCGCUAUCGCGCUUGAUACCAAGGGACCUGAGAUCAGAACUGGACUUUUGGAGGGUGGCGGCUCAGCCGAAGUAGAACUAAAGAAAGGCGAGACCAUCAAGCUCUCCAUCGACCCCGCCCUCGCCGAGAAGGGCAACGCCAGUGCCGUGUUCAUCGACUACAAGAAUAUCAUCAACGUCGUCAAGCCUGGCAACCGCAUCUUCAUCGAUGAUGGCCUCAUCUCUGUCAUCUGCCAGUCCGUAGCUGCUGAUGGACUGGUCUGCAGUAUUGAGAAUGGAGGUAUGCUGGGCUCGAGGAAGGGAGUGAACCUGCCCGGCCUCCCCGUGGACCUGCCCGCCGUGUCCGAGAAGGACAAGUCGGACCUCCUCUUCGGCGUAGAACAAGGCGUCGAUAUGAUCUUCGCCUCUUUCAUCCGCAACGGUGCUGCCCUGGCCGAGAUCCGAGGCAUCCUGGGCGACAAGGGCAAGAACAUCAAGAUCAUCUCCAAGAUCGAGAACCACCAGGGCAUGGUCAACCUCGACGAGAUCAUCGCCGCUUCUGACGGUAUCAUGGUUGCCCGUGGCGACCUCGGUAUCGAGAUCCCCCCUGAAAAGGUGUUCCUCGCACAGAAGACCAUGAUCGCCAGGUGCAACAGGGUGGGCAAGCCCGUGAUCUGCGCCACCCAGAUGCUGGAGUCCAUGGUGAAGAAGCCCCGCCCCACCCGCGCCGAGACCUCCGACGUCGCCAACGCCAUCCUAGAUGGCGCUGACUGCGUCAUGCUGUCCGGAGAGACUGCCAAGGGAGACUACCCUCUUGAGUGUGUGCUGACGAUGGCUAACAUCUCUAAGGAAGCUGAGGCUGCUAUUUGGCAUAAGCAGCUCUUCUCCGAGCUGGUUGCUCAGGUGUCAGCCCCGAUCGACCCCGCGCACUCCGUGGCCAUCGCGGCCGUGGAGGCGUCCACCAAGUGCCUCGCGUCCGCCAUCGUCGUCAUCACCACCAGCGGCCGCUCCGCGCACCUGCUCAGCAAGUACUGUCCGCGCUGUCCCAUCAUCGCCGUCACCAGGCAACCGCAGACCGCGAGGCAGGCGCAUCUGUACCGCGGCGUGCUGCCUAUUGUCUACCAGGGUGGGUGUAGCUAGAGUGUAGUGAGUGUCUCUGCUCAGCAAGUACUGUCCGCGCUGUCCCAUCAUCGCCGUCACCAGGCAACCGCAGACCGCGAGGCAGGCGCAUCUGUACCGCGGCGUGCUGCCUAUUGUCUACCAGGGUGGGUGUAGCUAGAGUGUAGUGAGUGUCUCUGCUCAGCAAGUACUGUCCGCGCUGUCCCAUCAUCGCCGUCACCAGGCAACCGCAGACCGCGAGGCAGGCGCAUCUGUACCGCGGCGUGCUGCCUAUUGUCUACCAGGGUGGGUGUAGCUAGAGUGUAGUGAGUGUCUCUGCUCAGCAAGUACUGUCCGCGCUGUCCCAUCAUCGCCGUCACCAGGCAACCGCAGACCGCGAGGCAGGCGCAUCUGUACCGCGGCGUGCUGCCUAUUGUCUACCAGGGUGGGUGUAGCUAGAGUGUAGUGAGUGUCUCUGCUCAGCAAGUACUGUCCGCGCUGUCCCAUCAUCGCCGUCACCAGGCAACCGCAGACCGCGAGGCAGGCGCAUCUGUACCGCGGCGUGCUGCCUAUUGUCUACCAGGGUGGGUGUAGCUAGAGUGUA